AGCUGCAGUUGUGAUGUCAGCCAAUCACAGGUCAGAUUUUGGCUUGAAAGCUGUGUGGUGGUGAAAAGGGGAAGCAGGCGCAGCUGGUGGAGCUUCUUUCAGUUCUGGUUAAACGUGUUUGACAUCAAUUUCUUUUCACUGAAGCUCUUUUUUAUUUACAGAAGAUGGCACAUAUCCUGAUUUCUGUCUUAAUUGCUGCUUUUGCUGUGGCGGGCUGCGACUCUACAGUCUUCCAGGACUUGCAUCAGCAUCAAAACCAAACUUCCAUCAAGUUUCUGGCAGUUGGCGAUUGGGGCGGGUUACCUUACCCCCCCUACAUGACGGUGGUCCAGAAGACUACGGCCCAAGAAAUGAACAAAGUGGCGGAGCAGAUGGGAGCCGACUUUGUUUUGGCCCUCGGUGACAACUUCUACUACAAAGGCGUGGACAGCGUGGGCUCUCCUCGGUUUAAGGUGACGUUUGAGUCUGUGUAUACAGGGAAGUUUCUCAAAGUCCCCUGGUUCGUGCUUGCCGGUAAUCACGACCACGCCGGGAAUGUCAGAGCGCAGAUCGAGUACAGCCAGAGAUCAAACAGAUGGAAGUUCCCUUCGUACUAUUACGAACUGAACUUUCACAUUCCCAACACGGGGAAGACCCUGAGCAUCAUUAUGCUGGAUACUGUGAUGCUGUGUGGCAACUCCAACGACUACGAUGACCAGAAGCCUAAAGGCCCCGCCCAUCCAGUCAACGCCAACCGUCAGCUGGCCUGGCUGCAGGGGAGACUGGCUCGAUCCGAGGCUGACUUCUUGCUGGUGGCGGGUCACUACCCCGUGUGGUCCGUGUCCGAACAUGGGCCCACAGACUGUCUCCUGCAGAGGCUUCGUCCCUUGUUGCUCAAGUACGAUGCUACUGCCUACUUCUGCGGUCACGACCACAACCUGCAGUUCCUGGAGGAGUCCGGCGUGGGCUACGUGGUGAGCGGUGCCGGGAACUUUGUGGAUCCUGACAUCCGUCACUGGAAUCACGUGCCCAAAGACUCCCUGAAGUUCUUCACUGGCAAAGCGUCUACGCUGGGUGGGUUUGUCCAUGCAGAGGUGACGAAGAACAACAUGGUGGUGACUUUUUUCCAGGCUCGAGGCACUUCGCUCUAUCGCACCGUCCUGCCUCAGAGGCGUUUCCGCCGCACCAGCUAACCGUACCGAAGUCUAACUGACUCGUUUGUGUGCAGUGUAGCAGGCCCGUAACGUAUCGCUUUUAUUCUUUUAAACAUCAGAGUUGUUAAGAAAAAAUAGAAUUUUAUGUAUGAACUUUGUUGUAAAAGAAACAAACUGUUUGUAAUGAAUAUCAACUUGAUCUUUGGCCAUAUUGAUUAGUGUUGCUGCUGCAGGUAUUAAACACGCUCCUAAAAGGUGCAGGUUCUGGUUCUGUCAGUCAUAUCGGAUAAUUCCGCUAGUCUCUGCCCCUUAUGCCAACUGCUUUAAAUUGCUUCCACUCACCUCCGAUGGGUUUAUUUAUUUUCCCCCUGAAUCUAUUCUGUUUGAGAACUAAAAAAAAAUAAUAAUAAUUAACUUUGACAUUUCAGCUUGUUGUUAUUGUUGUUGUUGUUGUUGUUUUUGUUUUGUGUUUUUUUUAAACAAAGUUGUGGCUAACCAAAACCCCGAGACAUUUCCAGGGUCCUGUUUAAGAAAACCGCUUCAACAUAGUCUGAGUGUAAACCUGUUCUGGUGUCGGAACCUGAUCUUCUCAGUUGCUGCAGCUACACAUCUGCCUUCUGAUUUUUGUGUUGGGAUUCUGUGGGUCUGAAAAGUCAAGAAUUGCCCAUGAAAAAGGGUGUUUAAUUUAGACCUAUUAUUCCGUGAGCACUUCCUGCUCUGGCGUUCGGGUCUCUGAAUCCUAACAUUGUAUAAUUUUGGCCAACUAAAGUGUAAAAGGUCAAAAGUCAAUAUUUCUUUCAAAGCAACAUUUAUACUCUUGUUAUUUUAAGUGUUAACCUUGUUUUGCACAAUAAAUAAAUGGCUUUUAGGC